CUAAUUAAUUUACUAUAUUACAGAUUAAAUUUGAAACCCAACAAUUCUACGAUCGACUGGGUAUGUGCAAAUGCGGAAAGCUUACCAUUUGCUGAUAAUUCAUACACUGCCUAUACCAUCGCAUUCGGAAUCCGCAAUGUUACGCAUAUAGAUAAGGUGUUAUCCGAAGCUUACCGUGUGCUGAAACCUGGUGGACGCUUUCUGUGUCUUGAGUUCAGCCAUGUUUCCAAUGACUAUUUGAGAUGGAUAUAUGACCAGUACUCAUUCCAAGUAAUUCCUCCCAUGGGACAGAUUCUUACAAGUCAAUGGCAACCAUAUCAGUACUUGGUGGAAAGCAUACGAAAGUUUCCCAAACAGACGGAAUUCAAAGCAAUGAUUCAGGAUGCAGGCUUCAAAUGUGUUGAGUACGAGGAUCUCACGUUCGGUGUUUGUGCAAUACAUUCGGGAUUUAAGCUAUAAUUUUUUUCUGUUUUUAAUUAUUCUAAAAUUGAUAACUUAUUAAACAUAAAGUUAAAAACAACGAACAUGCAAAUAAAAUUGUGUCCAUCA